AUGGAUGCCUUUGGUGGGAAGAGUAGUGCUGUACAGGACCAGUUGACGAACGUACAGCAAAUCCAGGACACUCAACUGGCUUUUGCUGCCAUCCGUCCUGACGGAUCCACCGUGACUUGGGGUUCUUCUCAGCAUGGCGGUGACAGUAGUGCUGUGCAGGAUCAGCUGAAGGAUGUGCAGCAGAUCCAGGCCACUGGCUUGGCUUUUGCUGCCAUUCUAGGCGAUGGCUCUGUCGUGACUUGGGGUGAGGCUGACUUUGGUGGUGACAGUAGUGCUGUGCAGGGUCAGUUGCAGAAUGCGCAGCAGAUCCAAGCCACUCAAUUCGCCUUCGCUGCCGUUCUUGGCGAUGGUUCUGUCGUGACCUGGGGUGAGGCUGGCAAAGGCGGUGACUGCAGUGCUGUGCAGAAUCACCUGAUGGUUGUGUAG